ACAAGAACUCAUCUGGAACACCAAACAUUGCUUCUGAAAUCACUGUUGCGACUCAAAACCACGCGAUUGGUACAGAGAGAUCUUCGUCAAAACUCGGUGGUCAAGACAAAGGAAAAGAGAAAAUGGAUGACUCUGGUAAAGCGCCAACAGCAUCAGGUGGUGGAAAACGAAGUGAUGCUAACAAGAACUCAUCUGAAACACCAAACGUUGCUUCUGGAAACACUGUUGCAACUCAAAAUAAUGGAAAAUCGUCGACAAUUAAAGGCAAAGGAAAAAGGAUAAUGGAUGAGUCUGCAGCGUCAGGUACCAGUGGUGGAUCGAAAGGAAAUGAGAUAAGACAUGAUUUUGAUCAAGCGACUAAACCAACAGGUGGUCAAGACAAAGGAAAAGAGAAAAUGGAAGACUCUGGUAAAGCGCCAACAGCAUCAGACAUAGAAGAGGAAACUCUCAUUAUCGACAUCCCUCGAUCUCAGCGGCGCAUGUUGAACAAAGUGCUGGUGCAAGUGCGACGUGACAAGACGCACAUUUAUGAGCCAGCAGUUGUUUCGUUCGGCCCAUACCACCACCGCCGGGAUCCACAGUUGAUGCUGGUGGAGCCAUUCAAGGACGAGCUACGAGAUAUUGUUUGCGGAGGAGACGCUGACCAUAAAAAGAGCAUGAUACAUAAGCGGAUAGAUGAUAUUCGUCAUUUCUAUGGCGGAGCGGGUGGCUACACUGACGAGGAAUUGGCUGAAAUGAUGCUCCGCGACGCUUGCUUCCUCAUAUGCUUUAUCUGUGCAUUAACUGUGGGUGGGGUUGGGGAAGGAACUUAUGCCCGGAUUCAUGAACGCUUGGGAGUGUCUGCUAUGUUCUCCGUGCUACGUGAUAUAUGUAUGCUGGAGAAUCAGAUUCCAUUAUGGAUCAUCUCCUUAAUACACCCUCGAUACAAAUCAUUGUCGUGCGAAUUCGUGAGCGACACUUUUUUUGGGGAUGACAACUGUAUGACACAACUCACAUGGCCAGAAGAAGAAGAAGGACCUCUUCUCCUACUCGAAGCUUUGCACCGCUCCUCCCUUCACCUCGUUGAGACCCAACAAAAUUCAAGUCUCUUUUGGCGGCUUAUCAAGAAAUAUAAUCAACAAAGGGAAUCAUCGAAGAACCUUACACCAAGUUCGUUGCAACUGUUGGACAGUCCUUUUCGUUCGGUGACAGAUCUGAAAGCAAAGGGUAUUCAUCUCCGGAAGAGUUCAAGUUGUUUGACAGACAUCAGCUUCUUCUCCUUCGGCUUGUUCGCUCAACUCCACCUUCCUGUCUUCCUCGUCUCUGACGCAGACAUCGUGGCCGUCUCCAAUCUUAUUGCACUGGAGAUGUCGCCGGGAACAUACACAAACCUUGGCGUGACAUCUUACAUUAAUUUCAUGAAAACGUUGAUCAUCAAUGUUAAUGAUGUAAAGGUGCUGCGGGAGAAAGGCAUACUGAUCAGCAUGUUGGCAAGCGAUGAAGAGGUGCUUGAUAUAUUUAAAAGCAUCGAUACCUAUGGAAUCGCAAACUUUGGUCUUUUAUAUGAGGUGAAGAUGAGGAUUAAUGAGCACUGCAACAGCAAAGCUAAGACAUGGAUGGCCGACCUCAUCAAUACCAAUUUUAAGAGCCCAUGGACUGUUAUAGCUACUCUUGCCGCCACAUUUCUGCUUUGCCUCACUUUUCUACAAACUUACUACACACUCAAUCCACGCAACUAAACAAUUCCAUUUGAUUCCACCUUCUGCUUCAUGUAUCUUUAUUGCUACUUGAUUUCACCUUGUGUUUCAUGUAUGUCUUUUAUGUUAAUUACUAU